AUGAUAAGAUUCAACCGGGAACGGAAAUCCACACACGGGCACAUCGACACGGAAGGGAAGCGUUAUCCUCAGAAUACAACAUCCGAGUCUCACGAGGCCAUCGCGGCUGAAUCCAUAGCUGAACUCCCCACUACCGCCGUGGUUGAGCUUCCCACCCCCACCCCCGAACGCGUACUUGAGCUUCCAACCACCAAAGAGCUCCCAGCCGAGCUUUGCGCGAACAACCACCCAGUUCAUGAGCUUUCCGCCACCGAGCUCGUGGAACUUCCCACCAACGAACCUAUAGCCGAGACUUCCACAACAGACGCUCAAGCGGGGGAAAAAGAUCUCGAGCACAGCAUCAUGGCAGGUCAAGCUCACCAGGAGCCCGAAGCUUCUUAUUCUUGGGUUCCUGAACCUCAUCAGUCACCUUCAACUUUCUGGAACACGGGCUUUUCAUUUUUGCCGCCACGGGACUCGAGCCAGCAACCCUUACCAAGCCGCUCUGAUGCAUCCAACCUUCAUCCCAUCCAACCCGCGCCCGUUUCUCACGUGGUACACACACCAAACCUGCCAGUCGAUCGUCCCUCAAGCAUGAUGGCUUAUCCCAAUCCCCGUCACCAACCCGCACUUAGAAGAGGUGCUUCUCUUACACUCAACGUCAUGCCGCCCUAUCAUUUCCGCUCGUCACAGUUUCAACAAGUCCAAUUAACCCCCCUUUCAUCAGCAUCCGCGUAUGGCAGCGACCAAAGUUCUGUAUCGCCGUUCUCCAAUAGCAACUUCCCUUCGGAAUUAUCGACCCCGGCAACUCCUGCGCUAUCCUGUGGCGGCGAUUCCGGAUGCCACAGUGCGACAUCUCCCCUUCACAAUGGGCUGUCCCAUCAAGACGGCCUCGUUCCAGGAGAUGAUGCGUUGGCUGGUGGGACGGAACUUGUUUUGUUCGAGUGUCUCAACCACAAAUGUCCAGUGAUGGACUGCCCGCUACUAUGCUUGGACAUAAUGUUGUCGGCCACUCUCAUCGAGGAGCGCAAAGAACAAAUUCCAGAUACCCAGAUAAUCUAUUCGGACUACAAAACGCCCUUCACUGGAUGCCUCCAGCGUUCGAAAUGCAACUUGAAGAGGACUCGCGAUUCCAGUUUCCCCGAGAGUCCCAAGGAGAAGAUACCGUGCAAUUUCAACGAGGAGUACAAAGAACACAUUCCAGAUAGCCAGAUGAUCUGUCCGGACUGCAAAAUGUCCUUCACUGGAAGCCGCCACGAUUCGAAACGCAACUUGAAGAGGCAUUGCGAUUUCAGUUGCCCCAAAAACCCCAGGGAGAAGCUACCAUGCCGCGUGGAAGGUUGCGAAUCCCGCUUCGCCAGAUCGGAUGGAAGAAACAAACACGAAAAGAAGGCGCACGGUUACGUUGCUUCCGAUCGCAAGAAAUCUUGA